AUGCUGGCUGUGUUUGAUAAAGCAGUGGCAAAGGGCCCUGAAGAUUUGAAGAAUUUAGACACGGAUUCUGCUCCAUUUUCGGCACUGAAAGAUGGGUCUUUCAUCAAAUAUUUCAAUUCUGUUCAACCAGAUCCCGUGUCAUUGAAUUUUGGUUCAUCUGGUUUCAUUGCCUAUUCUUCUCACAAGCAGAAUCCACUUCUUCCUAGGCUUUUCUCCGUUCUGGAUGACAUUUUCUGCGUGUUCCAAGGGCAUAUUGAGAACAUAGCUCCCCUGAAGCAGCAAUAUGGGUUGACAAAGACAGCUAACGAAGUAAGUGUUGUAAUAGAGGCUUACCGAACCCUACGCGACAGAGGUCCUUAUCCUGUUGACCAUGUUGUACGAGACAUCAAUGGGAAGUUUGCAUUCAUACUAUAUGACAGCACCUCCAAGUCUGUAUUCGCAGCUGGGGAUGCUGAUGGGAGCGUGCCUUUCUUUUGGGGAAUGGAUUCUGACAAUAAUCUUGUUCUAUCUGAUGAUGAAGCGUUUGUAAAGAAGGCAUGUGAGAAAUCCUUUGCACCAUUUCCAAAAGGUUGCUUUUUUACGUCUUCUGGUGGCUUAAGAAGCUUUGAAUUUCCCAAGAAAGAAUUGAAGGCGACACCAUGGGUUGAUAGUCUAGGGGAGGUCCGUGGUGCUAUUUUCAUGGUUGAUGAGCAGUCCAGAAAGGAAACUGGUAUGCCAAGAGUUGGGAGUGAUUCAAAUUGGUCAUCUCAAUACUAA